UCCAUCAUGGAGCAGUUCAACCCCUGCUUGCGGAACUUCAUCGCGAUGGGAAAAAGCUACGAGAAGGCGCUAACGAGUGUCACAUACGCUGCAAAGGGCUACUUCGACGCUCUGGUGCGGAUGGGCGAGAUGGCCAGCGAAAGUCAAGGCUCUAAGGAUCUUGGGGAGGUUCUCUUUCAAAUGGCUGAAGUGCACAGACAGAUCCAGAUCCAGCUUGAAGAGAUGCUCAAGUCUUUCCACAACGAGCUGCUGACGGAGCUGGAGAAGAAGGUGGAGCUGGACGCACGCUACCUGAACGCUGCGCUGAAGAAGUACCAGAUGGAGCACAAGAGCAAAGGGGAGAGUUUGGAGAAGUGCCAGGCAGAGCUGAAGAAGCUGCGCCGAAAGAGCCAGGGCAGCAAGCACCCGUCCAAGUACGGAGACAAGGAGAUGCAGCCCGCCAAGAGCAAGACCACGAUGAUGGAGACCCGUACGCUGCCUCGGUCCAGCUCCAUGGCGGCAGGGCUGGAGAGGAACGGCAGAACCCGCGUCCAGGCCAUCUUCUCCCACGCGGCCGGCGACAACAGCACCCUGCUCAGCUUCAGCGAGGGCGACAUCAUCACCCUGCUGGUCCCUGAGGCCCGCGACGGGUGGCACUACGGCGAGAACGAGAAGACGAGGAUGCGUGGCUGGUUUCCUUUCUCCUACACCCGGGUGAUCGCUGAGCCUGACGCCGGUGACAUGAGGCAACUCAGAGUACACAACCUCCAUGGGAAAAGCAGCAGCACGGGAAACCUUCUAGAGAGAGAAGACAUGGCUCUCCCCAUGCCUGAUUACAGCAUCCACCAACGUAUGGCGGCACAGAGCGCUGCGGCGCUGCAUGGCAGACAACAACGCCCCUACAGCGUAGCAGUGCCAGGUUUCUCACAGCAAGGAGUUGAAGAGUAUGAGCCCCGCUUCCCCACAAGUUCCACAGAGGGCAAACUGAUUUCGACAGUGUGAGGACAGACAGACAAACAGGCACAGACUCAGCCAGAUGAUGCGAUAGGACAGGCAACCUCGCUGAACCCUCAACCAACCCCCUCAACCCCCCCCCCCCCCCAAACCUUCCCCUGCUAACGGCAAUAAACUCCUCCCCUCUUCCCUGAGCCAAUCAAUGCAAGGAAGAGGCUUGGGUCUUGUAUCUUUUCCCCCCUUUUUCCUCCCCCCCCUGCUCCCCACCCAACCCACCCCAACCUCCCGCUCCCUGUGCUGUGUAACUGGGCCACUGGUGAAGCCACGCCAAGCCAAACCAGAACAAAAAACGGACUCCGUGCCAUCCUAAAAACACUCAAAAAUCAAUGUGAUGGACAUUUUCUUUUGAGGAAAAUGUAUCUUUUGCUUGUCUUUCAUGCAUGUACAUUUCUUUUAUAUAUAUUAUAUAUCGCCAUGGAGGGGGGUUAUAAUCUUCCCCCCACCAAAGGAACCUGAUUUCCGCAAAUGUCAGCGCUCGCCAUCGGAAUGACAAUGUGAAGGAAUUGUAAGUCAGGGUGUAAAAAUUAAUGAUGUUGAUCCCUAAAAAAAGGAUUUUCAUAAUGUUUGAAAAAGAAAAGAAAAAGAGGAAACAAACAUUAAUCAAUAGUUUUACUGGGUCUUUCAGUAUUUAACAAUAACUUUACCUUUUCAUGCUGUGAGGUUUUUGUAUCCCUCUGAGAAAAGAGGUCUAUGUAUCACGAGUAGUGAACAGUUAAUGUAAAUGUUUUAACUUUAUGAAGUGGAGAACAUGUUACAGGAAUGUUUACUGUACAUAUAAUGUGCCAUACAAGAAGUGCUUGUCAUACAGUAUAUCUAUGAUCAGUUCAUAAACAAGAAAAACAAUAACAACUACGCACCUUAUGAAAGUAAUACUCUAUAUUUCUGACUUUCUGUAACAAACUUAAUGUGACAGUUUUUUGGUAUAUAGGCCUUUGAACUUCUCCAACUUCUUUAUGGAGGGACACUGUGCUCAGACACACAAACCCAGGUGCUCGGGGUCCUUUGACUAUCUAUUGUGGUGUGUGUGUGAGAGUUUGAAUGUAUGUGUGUGAAUAUCAUGCCAAGGCUGAAUGGGAUCAACUAACCCUCAUCCCUGAGAGAGAUGCAACAAGGCUACAUGUCGGGUUUAUUAAUCAUUAGUCGACCGACAGUAAAAGUGUCAAACAUUUUGUGGCUCCAGCUUCUCAAAUUUAAAAAACUGCUGCUUUUUUCUCCUCCUGUUUUUAUAUAUAUAUAUCAUUGAAAAUUGAAUAUCUUUAGACCAAACAAGACCGACUAAAUGAUUUCUAAUUCACAGAAAGAUAAUUUGCUGCUGAAAAAGAUCAAUACCUGCAACUCUAGUUCAUUUAACUAGUGUUCAUGCAUGAAAGAAAAGAGAACUGGUACUGCUGUUUGGCUCAGUGCACAUGAUAUCCAAACAUCGCUUUUACAUUUUCAAUCCUUUUUUUAAACAUUCGGACUCAUUGUAGUGCCUCUUACUAAAUUGAUUAAAUGUCAACGUAAAUUAUAUAUUUUUUAUUGCAACUUAAGACGUGUAAAUACUUAAAAUGAUUGUUAAUAACACACAUGCUGAUGACACAUUGACGUCAAGGCACAACAUUUAUCCGGUCUUGACAUUUCUAGCGCAGCGCCUCUGCAGCCUCGACGGGGGGAGAGAGGAGUUAAUUUGAUGUUGAGACCUCAUUCAGCUUCCUUGUACUGUUGUCUCUGCAAUUAAAGGCUUGAUUUUAAAAAAACCUCCAGUGAGUAAAAAAGGCAUCAUGUUUUUGUUUUUUUUAAGGUAAAAGAAACUGUUUUUUUUCUCUGUGCUAAAUAAAAACGCUGAUCUGUUUUGUCUGUAUGUCGGUCCAGUCGGUGCCUGUCUAUACUAACCACUGUCCUGAUGUCCACUAACAAGCCCGCUAACAAAUUGAUUUUUCUCAUAUUGUCGGCUUUUAAAUCUCUUGAGGUUUUUUUUUUACGAUAAACAAACCUCAUCCGAAUGCCGACUUAACCAAAGAGAGGAGGUGAAAAUUGAAACUGUGCACCUCUCACAUGCAUCCUACUCUGCAAAAAUGUCCAUCUUUACAAAUUAUUUAAUGCAAUCAAGUGUUUUAAGCAGGCGGGGAGUUCCGGUCUUAAAAGUAACUUAAAACUGCAUUCUAUCAAAAGGCCACCAGGGGGCGACCGUUUUGGUGUCAAAAGGACUUCCGUCUCUAUACAAGGCAAUGGAGAAUUCACCAACUUCUCACUUGAUUUCUAACCUCAGUAAACGUUUUCAAAAUGUGUUUAUGGUCUCAAUCGCUAGUUUAAAGCCUUCUUCAAUGCAGUAUGAUGUUCAUUUGGGACAUUUUGGCCUCCCUGAUUUUAUAUGUGACGAUAAAGCAGGGUAUGCAUUAGGGCGUGGCUACGUGGUGAUUGACAGGUUGAUUGGUUCACAGGUUCAGGAGGGCGCCUCAUGCUCCUCCUGAUGCCCAUAUAAGUAGAAUCCCUGUUUUUAUUUUUCCCAGCAUGCACCUGAAAUUUUCAAGAUGGCGCUGCUCAGAUCCGAUACUAUUGGCCUCCGAGCAGCAGUCCACAAACCAAUGGGUGACGUCACAGAUGUUACGUCCAUUUCUCAUAUACAGUCUAUGAUUUUAAGCAGAUAUUUUUUACGGGUCACUUUUCUGACUCGUUUAAGAAAAAGAUUAAAUUGGCAACUCGAGUCAAGAUGGACUUUUUUUGCAUUGUAGAAACAUUGUCUGCUGUCUCUCUUCGCUCUCUUCUCCCUCCCCUCUCUAUUUGUUUGUGUGUGUGACCUGAACACUCGUCUUUCCCCCCCUGCAGCUUUGCCAACUCCCCCCUUUUUUUUUUCUUCCAUCUCUGUCUUGAUGAAUUUAGAGACAAAAGUCGAGAGCAAACGACUGGAAGCUGCCAGUGUUUCUUCUUUCUCCACUAACAAUAAGCCCAAGGUACGACUGCCAUCGCUGCAGAGAUAGCACACCAACCACCUGUGGCCAAAUAACUCCUUACAUCAACUGUGAUGAUGUGGUUUUAUUUUAAAAGGGGUUUUUUUGUUGUAAAAGAAUCUUUAAAGAAAAAUAUUUAAACAUAUUGUACAGAAGAUUUAUGCAUAUGCAUGCUUUGGGGGCACCAAAGAAGUGUAACAUUU